UUUAUGUCAACUCUCAACGUUAAUUGACGCGUAAAGAGAUAAUAUGUUGCGAUAUUUUAUAAGCUUAGUUAUUUUAUUCGAAGUAUUAGUUCCGACUUUUUGUUUCUUGCAUCGAUAUCCAAAGUUAAAUCUUAAUGGCCAAGUGCACGGGGACCCCGGAUCACCUUUAUUUCUUACUCCAUACAUCGAGAGCGGCAACAUAACAGUUGCUAGGGAACUUGCUCGAGUACCAUUAACGGAAAGACUUCGGAUAAAAAGCUAUGCCGGGUUCUUCACAGUUGACAAGAAAUAUGAUUCUAAUCAGUUCUUUUGGUACUUCCCAGCGAUGAUACCUAACAACAAAGAUGCACCAGUUAUAGUUUGGCUGCAAGGUGGACCUGGCGAUUCAUCAUUAUAUGGACUUUUCACUGAAAAUGGACCAUUACGGGUGAGAGAUAAAAAAAUUGAACUUCGCAAAUACCAUUGGGCAAUAAGCCACCAUCUUAUUUAUAUAGAUAACCCAGUGGGUACCGGAUUUAGUUUCACAAAAGAUCCUAAAGGUUACUGUAGCAAUGAAACACAGAUUGGUGAACAACUUUAUUCAACUAUCACACAAUUCUUCCAGUUGUUCCCUGACUUACAGCAAAAUAAAUUUUUCAUUACGGGUGAAUCCUAUGCUGGCAAAUAUAUACCUGCAUUUGCUUAUACAAUACACAAAAAGAAUCCGACCGCAAAUACUAAAAUUAACCUUAAAGCUAUGGCUAUUGGCAAUGGACUGAGUGACCCAGAACAUCAAAUUGUGUAUAGUAAAUACUUAUAUCAAAUAGGUCUAUUAGACUGGAAUCAAGCCAAGAUAUUUGAGGAUUACGAAAAGAAAGGUAUUGAAUACAUUCAGCAGAAGCAAUGGAAAAAUGCAUAUGAGGUAUUUGAAACUCUUUUAGGCGAAGUUUUCCUCAACAUGACUGGUUUUGAAUUCUACCUAAAUUACUUGCACACCAAAGAUUAUAUAGAUUUUGAAGAUUUUGGUCCUAUGCUACAAAAGGCUUUUGUAAGAAGAGCAAUACAUGUUGGUAACUUAACAUUCCAUCAAGGACAGGAAGUUGAAAAUUAUUUAAUAGAAGAUGCAAUGAGAUCUGUAGCUCCACUGAUGACUGAGCUUUUGGAUCAUUACUAUGUCGUUAUUUAUAACGGUCAACUUGAUGUAAUGGUUUCCUAUCCGUCAACAGUUAAUUAUUUACGGCAUCUUAAUUUUACUGGAUCUGAAGAUUAUAAGACUGCUAAGAGGUACCAGUGGAAAGUAGAUGGUGAGUUGGCUGGUUAUGUGAAGCAGGCUGGCAAGCUAGUGGAAAUUAUGGUGAGGAAUGCAGGCCACAGGGUACCUGGAGACCAGCCUAAGUGGGCAUUAGAUAUGAUCACACAUUUAACUCAUGAGAAAAUGUUUUAUUAAUUUUGAAAUGUAUACAUAGAUAUAAAAUUGCUAUGAACA